AUGGCGGAACUUUUUGGCAAGGGCGUGAUUCAUCGUCAUUCUGAGGAUCAAAUUUGUGGGAUCGGAGGGACUGUUCGCUGCUGGGGAAUGGAAAUGUUCACUUGUUCCAUUUCUCUCGCACCUUCCAUUCCCCCUUCCCCUGUCGUACAACGUUUGCACAGUCACGACUCUACAUUGACUUUCAGCAUUGACUUUCAUAAAUCGUUCGGCGGUCGAUGGUUACGGUUGUCGAGGCGACACGCGUGUUUAUUUUGGGACUUCCUACUCGUCGCUACUCUCGAAACGCGCAGCGGAUUUCAACGGUACGAAACAGAUUCCCGAUCUUUCGCACUCUGGUGUUUCAAUGUUGCGCCUUCAAAACUUCGUUUCGACAAACGCAGAAAAAUUCAGGAUCCGACGAAGGGGGACGUACGUAUGUACGCGGAGGAGCAGCAAGUGGAGGAGGAACGCGUAUGGUCAGACGCAUUCCAGUGACACGGGCACGAAACAAAAGGAGUACAUCAAUUUCGCGUAAGCCUGUUCCUCGACUCACGAUGUGUAAUCUCCGAAGCAGUUUAUUGUCCACUGUGAUGAGAAUGUAAU